AAUACAACCAAAAAAGGUCGAUAAGCUGAAGAACAGCUAGACCUUACGCGGCUGUUUUUACCAACAAUCCUAACUUAGGUACACAAUCGCAUUAUCUGUCGCCCAAGAUGAAGACUACUUGGAAGGAUAUCCCACCGGUCCCGACGUCGGAGGAGUUUCUUGAUAUUGUUCUAUCAAGAACUCAGCGACGUCUACCCACUCAGAUUAGAUCCGGAUUCAAAAUCAGUCGUAUCAGAGGAUUCUAUACUCGUAAAGUCAAGUUCACUCAAGAGACUUUCACGGAAAAGUUCGCUCAAAUUCUUGAGAGCUUCCCCCGACUCCAGGACAUUCACCCAUUUCACAAGGAUCUUCUAAACACUCUCUACGAUGCCGACCAUUUCAAGAUCGCCCUCGGCCAUCUUUCAACCGCGAAGCACCUAAUCGAAACCAUCUCGAGAGAUUAUGUGCGACUUCUCAAGUAUGCUCAGAGUUUGUUUCAAUGCAAGCAACUCAAGAGGGCCGCGCUCGGUCGAAUGGCAACUAUCACCAAGCGACUAAAGGACCCUCUAGUCUAUCUCGAUCAGGUCCGCCAACAUCUUGGUCGACUUCCCUCCAUCGAUCCCACCACGCGCACUCUCCUGAUUUGCGGGUACCCCAACGUUGGCAAGUCGAGUUUCCUGCGCAGCGUAACCAGAGCCGACGUGGACGUUCAGCCUUAUGCUUUCACCACCAAGAGCUUGUUUGUUGGUCACUUCGAUUACAAGUACCUUCGUUUCCAGGCUAUUGAUACCCCCGGUAUCCUGGAUCACCCCCUCGAGGAGAUGAACACAAUCGAAAUGCAGUCUAUUACUGCCAUUGCUCACUUGAGGUCAGCUAUCCUUUACUUCAUGGAUCUUUCGGAGCAGUGUGGUUACUCAGUUGCCGCGCAAAUGCAACUAUUCAAGAGCAUCAAGCCCUUAUUCUCAAACAAAUUGGUCUUUAUUGUUAUCAACAAGAUCGAUAUUUUAAGGCCCGAAGAGCUGGAUGAGAAGACGAGCGGCGAACUCCAGUCAUUAGUCUCCUCCGGUGAGGUAGAGUUGCUCCAGCUCUCCUGCAAUACGCAAGAAGGCGUACAGGAAGUCAAGAAUGCCGCUUGCGAGCGACUUCUUGCGGACAGAGUUGCCCAGAAGUUGAAGGCAGGCACGUCAAACAACGGUGCCAUUGGUGGCAGGUUAGCAGAUGUUAUGGCCAGAAUUCACGUGGCGCAACCUAUGGGCGGUGCUACGCAGGAGACCUUCAUCCCCGACGCUGUAAAGAACCUCAAGAAAUACAACAAGGAAGACCCCGAACGCCGCAAGUUAGCUCGUGACGUUGAAGCUGAGAAUGGUGGUGCUGGUGUGUACAACGUGGACUUGAAGGCUGAAUACAUUCUUGCAAACCCCGAAUGGAAGCAUGACAGAAUACCCGAGAUUUACGACGGCAAGAAUGUCUACGACUACAUUGACCCUGAUAUUGAUGCCAAGCUGCAAGCACUAGAAGAGGAAGAAGAGAAGCUUGAGGCGGAAGGAUACUACGACUCGGAUGAGGAGAUUGAUGAUGCAGAAGAAGCAGAUAUCAGAGUGAAGGCAGAGAUCAUUCGAGAAAAGCAGGCACUGAUUCGGAAUGAGUCGAGAAUGCGUAGAGUCAAGAACCGUGCAGCCUUACCUCGCAAGGCUAUCAAGAAACCUCUAUCUCAACUUGAGGAUACUCUUGACGAGAUGGGUGUUGACACUCAAGACCUGCAACUCAGAGGAAGGUCGCAAACGGUGACCCGUGGACGUUCUCUCACCAGAAGUCGCCUUGGCACUGAAGAUUCUAACGCCAUGGAUAUUGACGAGACACCCAAGGAGAGACUACGCUCCAAGAGCCGGGCGGCGAGCCGAGCAAGAAGCCAGCCGGCAACAAACAGGCGCGAUGAUGGUGUCCAGGACGAGGAGACGAGGACGAAGGCGGAGAGACAGGCCAAGCUGAGCCAGAGGAAGAUGAACCGCAUGGCCAGACAGGGUGAGGCUGAUAGGCACAUUGGCGCCACGCUGCCUAAACAUUUGUUUGCCGGUAAACGAACCAUGGGCAAGGCGUCUCACCGUUAAGGAAUACUUUUCUACCACCCACGGUCUGUACAUAGUUGGUUUGAUAUGGCAUAUCAGGUUUUUUUUACUUUGCUUUGGCGUUCAGGACGGAUAUGAUACUUUCCAGAGACGUGCCCCAUCGCGUUUACGACUAUUUUAGUUGAGUCAAUCGAUCAUGAGAAUAAGUCCAA